GGCUGUUUCGUAAACGUAAUUUUGACGAUGCGUGACGUUACGCUGGGCCGCCAUUUCUGAGAUUUUCCGCCAUAAUUUUUGCUGCGACGAGCCGCGCGAAUUAUGGUAAUGAGUGGCCAUAUGCAAUGGCGGUGGCAACGCUGAAUAGGCGGCUGCUGCGUCGCCGCAUAGGAGCAUGCAUAUAUUUAUGCAAACAAUACGAAGGGCAAAUUAACCUAUUUUUUGUUUAUUAAGAGCACCCAAACAAAACUUUUUAUGUGAGUGCAUUUACAAGACGAUUUGUGCUAUUACUCUAACGUGAACUCGUGCUGGUGUAACGAGGGGGCUCUACGUACCUUCCAGAAGGCACCCCGUAGUUACAGCCGUAGACCGCAGCCGCCUCUCGUAGAUUUUAGGACGCAGAAUCAAUGGCAGUGCCUUGUAUUGUUCAGUGGGUGGAGUUGCAGGAAGAGUGGCAGUUUCGUGAGCAUGGCGAUGCGUUCCAGAUGCCCGAGGAAAUGUUCCGGUCUCGGUAUCGACUGAGUAAGGACUUGGCACGGUGGUUGUGCGAAGAGCUUCGUCCGGUGCUUGUGCGUGAGCGAGUGAACACUUGCACAGCGUUGACUAUAGAAGUUCAAGUCCUGUGCGCGCUUCGCUUCCUUGCCACAGGCGGAUUUCAAGGUGCGAUUGCCAGUGACUUGGCUACAAGUCAAUCUAGCGUUAGUCGUUCGAUUCACGCAGUCAUCGAGGCUAUCGUGGAUUGCAUCGGCGACGCAUGGAUUUCGUUUCCAGACGAUACACGGGCGUUGACUUCUGCAUCCGAAGGGUUCGUGCGCAGCAACUGCAGGUUCCAGCGUUGCGUCGGGGCUGUGGACGGCACAUUUGUGUGCAUUCGCGCACCAUCGGAGAGGGACGAUGCCGAGAAGGCGGCUUACUUCUGCCGGAAAGGCUAUUACGCAUUGAACGUCAUGGUGGUGUGUGAUGCGAGCCUUAGAAUAACUGCCCUCGAAACCUCAUACUCAGGAUCUGUGCACGACUCUUUUGUGUGGAAAGCAUCAAGCCUCUACGCAGAGUGCCGAUCUGGGAGCCUGCUUCAUGGUGGUGAAUACCUGCUUGGUGACAGCGCCUAUCCGCUCCAGCCAUGGCUUGUCACACCUGUUCCUGGGAACCAUAUUUCUGGUAGCCCUGCAGCCAUGUUUAAUACUGCCCACUCAUCGCUGCGCUCACUUGUGGAACGCUGUAUUGGGGUCCUCAAGAUGCGCUUCAGGUGUCUGCAACGGCACCGGGCGCUCUACUAUGGGCCAGUGUUCACGUCAAAAAUCAUUGCAGCCUGCGCAGUGCUGCACAACUUGUGCAUGCGCGCUGAGCUUCCAGAGCCAGAUUGCACCUCUGGAAUCGACGACUUUGACGGAGACUGAACGCAUACGAUGACAGCGAAGAUGUGACGGCGGCAGCACUCUACAGGGCGGGCAGGCAGAAACGCGAAAGGAUGCUGCAAAUGUUCUGAGCAGGCCAGCAGUUCAGCAUAUCCAUGUAGCCACCCUGCAAAUGACAGCCAUUAAAAUAGUAAUUGUAGUCCCUGCAAGCGCAGUGCGUUUUUUUUUCUUAUUUAAAUUUUUAUUUUUAUCUAUGGUAUUUUUUUGUUUUUGUUGCAGAAAGCAACGGACAGCUGGAAGACGCAGCAUAUUUUAGUAGCUCGUCCAUAAGCGUGUCAUUGGCAGGUAGUGAAAGACACUUAUCAUUUUCUUGGUGCAAGUAUAGUGUGAAAUGUCAUGUACCCUUCAGUUCUCAUUGAGGACGACAGGGAUUACUUUCUUUUUAUGUGCCACAAGAUUUCAUGUGCCAUUGCACGUUAUAAUAGCGGCAAACAAUGAGAAGCCUCCAGUAAGCUCCAUUUAUGUUCAGUAUUAAUG